AUGCAUCAGAACCACUCCACGGACCACGGGACCACUCUCCGUGGCGGGAAAAGGGCUCAGCUCGAGCUCUCCCCCGAUGCCAUCAAUAGUUGGACAUCCUCAAAAUCCCAACAGGUAUUCGCAUGCCUUUUCUACCUAAAUUAAAAGUACGCGUUUGCUUCAAAUAGCCUACAUUGUGAAGAAAUACCAUAUAUAGCCUAUAUUGAUUCGGUGAUUAAUUAUGAUAAAAUGGAAGUAAAGUGUAGGCAAGGCAAUGUUUUUUGUUCUAAGUAAUGAGUAGUACUUCUUGGAAACAAGCUAGAUACUGAGGCAGCCAUAGCCUACCACUUUAUAAUGCAAAAGCUAGUGUAGCCUACUGUUUUUCAGUAGUUAUUUUUCUCUCCCUUACCAGUAUCCUGCCAAAACGCAGCUACCCAGCAGUUCCUUCAUCCCCACCAUCAAUGCCAUCACGUCCAGUCAGGAGCUGCAGUGGAUGAUCCAGCCAGCCGUCCUAGCCUCCAAGCCUGGCCACUACCUACGCUCUCACCCCUACCACCCCCUGGACAUCAGCAGUAGCCUGGGGCCUGGGAGCCACACAAGGCUCGGGGUAAUACGGACAGUGGGCAACACGCAUGGAAGGAGCAGGCGGAGUGAUCAGGUAACAGUCAGCAGGCACACUGUACAGUAAGACCGAGAGGCUUUGACUAAGGGAUAUGGAUAUGCUGUUAAUAUUGUGGAUAUAUUAAUUAUAAAAUAUUGUUAUUGCAAUAUACUGUAUUUCACAGUAGAUCAAAAUAUAAAUAUAUUCAUACUGCAAUAUAUUUUAUUUCUCUAAGUAGCCUAUAGCAGUUUCCCAAACUGUGGGGCAGAGGGGUUGGAAGGGGGGGCGGGGGUCCCCCCCCCCAAAAAAAAAUAUGAUUAUUAUUAUUUUUAUAUAUUUCAAAGGAACUAGGUCCGGCUUUAAACUUACUCUUGAAAGUUGUAAUAGUAGAAUGCACAAGCUGCAAUUUCGAAAUUGGGUAGUGCAUCAUCAGUUCCUCUUCUCAUGUUAGUCAUUGCGUACCUUAGAGAGCUUUUUAUAACUUGUCAGAAAUGUCCAGAUCAACUAGCCCAUGUCAGCUAACGUUUUUUAUUUAGGUUUUUAGCCCAUAGAUAUUGUUGUAUUUUUUUUUUUCACUCUAAUAUCACAUGAAUACACAUUAGACAUGGCAAAAUGUAUAGAAUUGCAAAAAUAAUUGCUCUAUAACUGCAAAAUGUUCUUUGCAUCCCAUGACAAAAUGUGUAGAAUUUCAGGAAAUAAGCUUACAACCUGCAAAAUUCUCUCCACCAACAAGGAGUGGGAACAGUUUGUGUCAUGAACAGUGCUUGUGCUCAUAGAAAUAGACAUGGCGUAUAGUAUCUCUCUCAUGUAAUAGUUGACCGUUUUUAUUCAAAUGAAUGGCAUACCCAGCCGAAUGCUGUUUCUCACUGUUUUCCAUCAACAGUUGAACCCAGCUGAAGAGGAGAGGAGAAGGUUGAGGAGAGAGAGGAACAAGAUGGCUGCUGCCAAGUGUCGCAACCACAGGAAGGAGCUGACCAACCAACUGCAAGGAGUGAGUCCAAACAGAGAGAAUGACCAGUCAGUCAAUACUGUAGCUCUACCUACCUACUGUUUUGUAAGUAUAGAUGGAUGUUGAUGGUUAUGAACUAUGAACUCUGUUGUCUGUCAUAUAAGGAGACUGAUGAACUGGAGAAAGCGCAGGCCAGCUUGAAGACCCAGGUUGAGAGGCUCCAGGAGGAGAGAGAGAAGCUGGAGCGCAUGCUGGUGUCGCAUGCCCCAGUGUGUCGACUGGGCUGUGACGGCCAUCCCCAGGCCCAGCCACUGCCCCCUCUCGCCCUGACCAUGUACCCCACAGCCACCUCCCCCCUGGCCCAACCCCUGAGCCCCCCUCCCGCGGUAAAGCAGGAGCCCCAGGAGGAGAUGCUGUUCUCCUUUCACCACCAUGAACACUGCGCCAUCAAACCCACCUAUUGCCAUGUAGAAGAGUACUGUCCCAGUGUUGACUGCUUCACCACCCCAUCCACGGUGAGCUGCAGCCCGGCCCAUGUUGUGGAUCUAUCCUGUCCCAUGCUGUCUCACCACCACCCCAGCCAGGGUGAGCAGGAUAGGUCUGAGUCCUCAUUCCGGGAAGAGGCCCUUCCCAACGACUUGCUCUCCAAGCCUCUCCCUGGCAGUGACAUUAGUCUUGAGGAUGGACUACUGGGACCAAGAUUCUCCCCCACCUUGUUGACUCUGUAG